UGAAGACUUCAGCGCUGUACUAUUGUUGGGGAGCCGGGUUCUACUUACGGGGAUUACAAAGCCACAAGGACACCUGUCUUCUAGCUAUUGGUUAUGUUGACGCGUACUACUUGUGCAUUUGCUGGCAUCUAUUGUGCGGCCUACUCUCUACGUUCCAAAUCUCGCCCCGUACAAUAGUAGACAACACCCACACCGACGAGGCUCUCUUUUUGCUGUUGAAGAGCAUAAAGUGAAGAUGAUGAGGCUGCGCACUUAUGCGGGGCUCAGUUUCGUUGCAACUCUAGCAGUUAUAUAUCAUGCCUUCAGUAGUAGAGGACAGUUUUACCCAGCCACAGUUCAUCUAUCAACCUCCAAGAUUAGUUUGGUGCUUCUACUCAAUAUGGGCCUGGUUGUAAUGUGCAUCUUGUGGCAAUUAACCAAAAAAAUAUUUCUGGGAUCUCUCCGGGAAGCUGAAGUUGAGAGGUUGAAUGAGCAAUCAUGGAGAGAGGUCAUGGAAAUCCUCUUUGCCAUCACUAUCUUUCGGCAGGACUUUUCUGUGAUGUUUCUUGCGAUGGUCACAGCUCUUUUGUUUAUUAAGGCAUUGCAUUGGUUGGCUCAGAAGCGGGUUGAGUACAUUGAGACAACUCCUUCAGUUCCAAUGCUAUCGCAUGUUCGGAUUGUUUCUUUUAUAGGCUUUCUUCUUCUUGUCGAUAGUCUCUUUUUGUACAGUAAUAUCAAGUAUUUGAUGCAAACGAGGCAAGCUUCAGUGUCGCUCUUCUUCUCAUUUGAGUAUAUGAUACUUGCAACAACAACAGUGUCAACAUUCAUUAAGUAUGUUUUCUAUGUGGGUGACAUGCUGAUGGAUGGACAAUGGGAAAAAAAGGCUGUCUACACCUUUUACUUGGAACUAAUACGAGACUUGCUUCACUUGUCUCUGUACCUCUGCUUCUUCCUUGUGAUUUUUAUGAACUAUGGUGUGCCUUUGCACCUGAUAAGAGAGCUCUAUGAGACAUUUAGGAAUUUCAAGAUUCGUGUUGCUGAUUACAUUCGCUAUAGGAAGAUCACUUCAAAUAUGAAUGAUCGAUUUCCAGAUGCUUCUCCUGAAGAGCUUAAUGCAAGUGAUGCAACCUGCAUCAUUUGCCGUGAAGAGAUGACUACAGCCAAGAAAUUAAUUUGCGGGCAUCUCUUUCAUGUGCAUUGCCUCCGGUCAUGGCUAGAACGACAACAUACUUGUCCUACAUGUAGAGCCCUAGUUGUACCAUCUGAAAAUGGGACUAGCACAUCCCGGGAGCAACAAGGAUCCAGGUCAGAUGGUCAACAAGGGACAAGCACGGCAAGUUCAGGUGCCCAGGUAUCGGCUGUUGGUUCGUCUGAUAACUUGAGCCGGCAUCAGGCCAGACUUCAAGCUGCUGCUGCGGCUGCAUCAGUAUAUGAAAAAUCUUAUGUCUAUCCUUCAGCAAACACACUAGUUUGGUCUCCUGGAUAUGCUAUGUUUCCUAAGGCUAAUAAUUCGGAUGAUUCUACAAAUAAGGAAUCUAGUGGAGAUCAACUUUCUGUUGGACAAAGCCAACAGUCCUUUAGAGUUUCUGGUGGACCUGUAAACAUAUCACUUCAACAAUUUCCGUCCUUUGUUUUUGUCCCCUUUCAGACUCCUAGUAACAAUUUAUCUUUUGAAGAGAGGAUGAGUAGCGACCCAAAUAUGCCAGGCUCUCCAUUAGAAGCUCAUAAAAAGUUAUUGCAGUCCCAAAUUGAGGUCCAACAGGUCCUGCAGAACCAACUCAAACUCUUAGAGAAGGCAAAAGCUGAGGAAAGCGUGCACAUAGCAAAGGGAAAAGGUGUUGCCCCAUCGUAAUCUGUUUCUGACUGUUAAUCAUUUUGGGGAUAAGACUGGCUGAUAUGUGAUGAUGCAUACUUGCCCACACAAAUUAGAUUUACAGCAUCAAAUACUUCUAAAGACACCCAUUGGAAAAAAAGUAAAACAGAUUACCAUAUUAAGGACUAAGGUUAGCAUUGCCACCAGUCCCCAGCUGCUCUCCUCUCUCCCUGUGAUCUAUCAAUUUUCAUUGCAGGACUACUAAUUUGUGAUGACAUUGGUUUUUGCUUCAGUGUAUGUGGGAUGAUUUUUGCUGUAAUUCUCUUUUUCGUUUGUGGUGCCAUUGAACUCAUCUUGGUUGAUGAGAAGAUGUGUUAGGUCUAAUCUAUAGUUCGUCCCUGGAGAAACACAAGACAUUCAAUCAUGCAAAUUUAUUGUGAUGAGAAACUUCCAUGUAA